AUGUACAAGAGGUUAAAGCAAGCCGGACACUCUGCCAGUCGAAGCUAUACACAUUCCGCGUCAGCCGAUAGCGCAAGCAGAGCGACACGACACUCACCCAUCUGGCGCAGUGAUGCAGCCCGACGUGUCAUUGCUCCCCGUCUGGAUGUUGCCCGAACAGUUGUCGUUCGCGCCGCCCGACGGGAAGAAGAGGAUGCUCUGGAUGUUUUCCGCGCCACGGAAGCCAUCCCACGAGAUGCUUUUCGCGUUGCGGCCCUGGUCGGCGGAGAGGCAGUCGCCGGCCAAGACGCAGGUGUGCGUGCCGAGCAGCUCGCCCGUGCAGCCUGCCCCAAGGUGCCAGUUGACAACUGCGGCUCCGUAGGCGGAGGAGGCGAGGAGGAGCGCGGAGAGAGUGGUGGUGAGAGAGAAAUGCAUGUUUCGUGA